UGGAAGUCGAGGACCAGAGACCCACGCAGCAAUGGCGCAGCCGGAAACUGGGCCCUCAACUUCCUCAGGCCGGAUCCAGGCUGGGGCCGACCUGUGGGCGGGGCGGGAAAGCGGGGGCUUCCGCCUUCCUGCUUCCGGCCUGGCGUAUAUAGAAUUUAAACCUUCUCUCAGAAGUGUAUUGUAGAGCUAAAGAAGAAGACAACCAACCAAGGGUCAUCUGAAAUUGUAAUUGGCUCACUAAUAAUCCCAGGACAAAGUUAGAGAUCACAACUCAAGCAUAAGAGGUUGACACAAACAUGAAAGUUUGAAAAGCCUCUGGGGCAAAAUAGAAAAUGUCAUUCGAAUCCACCCUCUCCUCCUUUGCUAGAUGAUCCUCCCUUACCAACUCAAAAUGGAACAAAAUGCAUGGCAGCUGUUAUGCCCCCUUUUCUAAGACCGCUACAAAGAUGUUUGAUAUAAAGGCUUGGGCUGAGUAUGUUGUGGAGUGGGCUGCAGAGGACCCCUACGGUUUCCUGACAACAGUCAUUUUGGCCCUUACUCCAUUGUUUCUAGCAAGUGCUGUACUGUCCUGGAAAUUGGCUAAGAUGAUUGAGGCCAAGGAAAAGGAGCAAAAGAAGAAACAAAAACGCCAAGAAAAUAUUGCAAAAGCUAAACGACUAAAAAAGGAUUGAAGGAAUGAACAGGCUCUGCAACCAGAGGAAAAUCAUUUGGAAAAUUAUGCAGCUUUGGAAGGAGCCACUGUGCAGCUUUGGAAGGUUUCUUUGGAUUUUAUGGCAGUAUUUAGUAAAUGAAGUCUGAGCAUAUGGAAGAAUCAUGUUCUGACCUCUACUGUAGCAACUUUUAGGCUUUGGUGUAGAAAUCUGUUGACAGUUAUUGUAAAUUGGCAUUUAUUAUGCUAUAAUUUCUUUACACCUGAUUUAGUCAUUUGCCAUUUUGAAGCUUAAAUACUGAAAUGUAAACAUUCUAUGGAGGAAAAAAAUGACUUUAGAUUAUGAACUCUUAAAUAAUGGCUUAAUAUGGGGUCCUGUUCUGGACAAAGGAAAUUAAGAACGUAAAAAUCAAAAUUGUCCUGAGGUAAAAAGGAUGCUUUGGCUUAAAAGAGAUACAGCAUGUUAACUACAUCUCUUAUCAUUAUUGCUUAUUUCUUAGACUAGAAUUAUUUUUGGCUUUCUUAAAGCAAAAUAAUGAGUAUUUUCUGCAUUUUUCUCAUUUUAGCUUUUGAGAUACAAGUAAUUUUAUCAGACAUUCUACAUUUUUAAAAUCUAAUUUUAUAAAGAAUUCUCUUAUUAUCUUGACAAUGUAGAAUACCAUCUACUGGACCUAACAAUUUUUAUGUUUAUGAAUACUGCCGUUUUCUUAGAGAUGUCUUGUUGAGUAGAGUAACACUGAUUUAAAGCUUGCAGUAGAAAUGCCAAACCUUGUAGUACUUUGGAACCAUUUUAUUCUAAUUUUGCUAAGUGGAAAUGUGAAGUAGUUAACAUGUCUUAUCUGAUAGUUGGCUGAUUAUUUAGAUAUCACUUUUUUUAUUCCAUUCUUUGUUUUAAUUCAAGUAGUGGUGUCCUAUACUGUUUGAUCAAACAGGUUCAUGGUGAAAAUUAAAAUUUCAAAUUUCUUUUAAGGAAAGGAACUCUUAAGAGUAACUCAUAUUUCAUUAAUGGUAAAGAAAAACUUAAUGUUUGCAAAAAUUUUGUUUGGCAUAGUAAUUGGAUGAAAAAGGUCAGUUGUCAAAAUGUGAAUGUUAUAAUUAGAAAUAAGCUAUAGGACAUUUCCUUCAGUUAAGUAGUAUAACUGGAACUUUUUACUUUCAAAUUUGGCUUUUAUAAAUGCAUGGUCUAAUAAUUUCACUCACUGUCAGUAUUUAAUAGCUUAUUAAUGUUUCCUCACCUCUGGUAAUGAAUUUUAAAUUACAAAAAUUGUCCAACAGCUUUAAUUUAACAAUGAAAGUAGAUAUUGAAAUAAAUUUGAUACUUUUAUAAGGAA